AUGUUGAGAGAUCCACCCGCACAAUUAGAAUCUGUUUUCAAUUAUUAUGAUAUAUAUAGAAAGACUUUUCAGCCACAAAGCUCCCCCAUGACACCACUGGAGAGCUUUUUCCAAAAUAUCACUUUUUAUCGGUCUAGUCGAGUACUAGAUGGUUUGGGGGUUGACUUAAACUUACUGAAAAAUCCAUCUCUAUUUGACCUUGGACUUGAUCGAGAAUACCACGAAAACUUGACUUUGGUACAGGAUUACAUCCGUUUUCUGCAGCAAGAGUUUGAUCUUGUGAUGCUCAUGGAAUACUUUGACGAGUCGUUAGUUCUGCUAAAACGACAACUGUGCUGGAAAAUGGAGGACAUUCUUUUCUUUAAACUUAAUGAGCGGGUGCAAAAGGAAAAGCAACGUAUCUCGAAUCAGGUGAGAGAACAGAUUAAAAAGUGGAAUUCAGCCGACGUGCUGCUAUACGACGUGUUCAAUCAAACGCUGUGGCAGAAGAUAAUGAAGGAAGGUCCUGAUUUCUUCGAAGAUCUUUCGAUUUUCAAGAAAGAAAAAGAGGCCAUGAAAAACAAAUGUUUACGAAAAGGAAAAUUCCUUACGAAACUGUGGGCUUGGAAAAAAGUUCAAGGUUAUAAAUUAAAAACAAACAUUUCAAAAGAACUUAAUACAACGUGCACGAAAAUGACAAUGAAUGAGUUAAAAUAUCUGAGUUAUCUCCAAACAAAACUAACCAAACAGCUUCAAGAUGUUGAUGACAAUCGUAUUGUGCUUUGCCUACUAUUAUUUUGGCUGAUUUUAUGUAUUUUGCUUCUUAUAAUUUCUUGUUGUGGUGAGUUGUGGAAGAAGCAUUUGCUUUUUAAUGGCAAACUUGCCCGCCGAAUAGGUCGAAUAGGCUUUUGUCGAUUGUGCUAGCAUAAUUUUAAGCAUAAUUUGGCAAAACGAGCAUAAUUUUUACCUUUUUUUUAAAGAAAAGUACUGCUAGCAUAAUCUUUUGUUUUCCUUCCACGUUGUGAAAAAUUGUCGUGAUUUUGUACCUAACAUAUUUCUACUUACUGAAUUGUGUUUCUAGAAAGUUUCUUGAGGAAAGACGACUUGUUCUAAGUCGCAAGUUUAUCUCUGCAUGGGCAUUGCCCACUGUUAGUGUACCAUAUAAUCUUAGAUCUGGGCAAGAAACGUUUACACCCUUACAUUAAAACCAAAACAGCGAAUUGUUUUAUUACUUUUAAAUUUUUAGAUUAGUUUCAUUGCAUUUUAUAUGUAUUAUAGUAUCACUGUUGUUAAUUUUAUCACUUGACAAUUCAGUCUUUACUGCAAAGAGUGCACGUAAUUUUAGCAAACCUAACAACAAAUGAAGUAUGUGCACUUUUUGGCUAUUUGUAUGGCUGUGUUUUUUUUUACUUACGUGCUAUAAAUUCUCAAACAAAUCUUUAAAAUUUGGCCUCGAGGAUCCUGUUCCGAGCCAAGUCUACCUGCGAGUUAGGGGCUGUCGCAUAGAAGGGUUAAAAACAGAACUUAAUGCUAACAACAUUAUAAACAACAACAACGUUUAUUUUGUAACUUGAAGAACUGAAUAGAUACAUGAAUAGUAUAAAAUCAAAAAUAAACUCACUAACUGGACAUGCAAAUAAACUACAAAGCUUAUCUGGUUGGAUGACCAUCGCUUAUUAUUGAUCAUUAAACAAGGACAAAGGUGUCCUAGAUCUGAGGAUGACUUAAAUAGUUAACAUCAGCUUCAAAAAUCAAGUAUAUUACAGGGCAAAUUCGUUGCUAAAACACAUAUAAGUAAAUAUAAGGAGAAAACUAGAAACAUAAAAUAUCUCCAACAUUAGUCAAGAUCAAUAGCCACUGAAUAACAUGCAAAGUUAAUUUUUAAUAAUUUGGAAGUUAGACUCUGGAAUCCUUCACCAAUUUCAUUCCUUAAUUUAGGUCCAUCACGUCAAACAUUAAAUUUGCCUCAAUUUGUGUGAAUUUUUGGAAGAUAAAAGGUAGAUCUACUGUUGGUCGCAAAGCGAAUGGGUGCCAUGUUCUUAUAUCAAAGGAAAAAAGAGAAUAAAAAGAUAUUUCGCAGAUUGUCAGAAUCAAAUUGAUACAUGAAAAGAGUUUAGUGCUUGAUGUCAUCCUGAAGCUUUAGAAAGUACUGUAAAACUGACCAAACAAUGGACUAGUAUGUUCAUCAUAAGUAGAGAGAGUAAUUUAAACGGGAUGGUUUCCUUUGCAUUAUUUGAAGUGGUUUAAUGCUAUGCAGGGGCGCCCAACAGGACAUUUUGAGAAAAAGACCUUAAAACAACAACAGAAUAAGAAUAAAGCUUUCGGGAGCCAUUUUAAGCAUUUUGGGAGACUGCUGGGAAAAAUUUAUCUGUUCCUGACUCCCGGCAAGACUGGUGGAAGAGUUCCCAGCCAGCAAGGGUCACUUACAACCUGCAACCUGGCUUACUGGAAGUUUCCCAGCAGACGUAUGUCCAGACAUUACUGGCCAGUUUGGGUGUGCUCAUAGGGCAAAAUUAAGGAUUUCCGUUGGGGAGGGGGAUGGGACGACGAUAAGAAAUUGGGUGGGGACAGAAGUUUCUGACAAAUAGCACAUAGCAGCUAUUCUAGACAUUAAAUCCCCUUAGACACCCUGCAUUGUCUAUUUCCCAGGAACGCUUUCCUUCCAAGGACAUCUUAUUUCUUCCAAAUCUCACAGCCAGCAAAAAUUGGCCUGUAGAACAGAUAUUGUGAGGAGCUCCUGGUUAUGGUCAUAUUUGAGAUAUCCAGAACAGUCAACCAUUCGAGAAGGGGAGAAUCGAAUUAAACGGCAUGGUACUGUCAACAAUUCUGAUCUUAAUAUAUAUUGACAGCCAAUACCUGUUUGUACUUUUUAUAUAAAAUUUCUUGGAUUUGUACCUAGGCAUAAAACAAUUUCUGCUGAUUAAAUGGUUUACCAUGUAUUUCAAUUUAAAUAGAACUACCGUAAAAUUCCGAAAAUAAGCCCCUCUAUGUAUAAGCCCCUCCAAAUAUAAGCCCCCCAAACUCGUAACGCAAAAACCCCUCCGUUAAAUUGUCCCUCCAAAUAUAAGUCUCUGCGGUGGCUUGUACUUGGAAAUUGCCCUCAAAUACAAAGUAAAACAAAGCAAAAACGGUAAAUUUACUUCCAACUAUAAGGUUAGCCCAAUUGAUUUUGAAACGCAAAUUUCCCUCCGUAGAUAAGCCCCUAAAAAAGGGCCUUUGAAAAAUAUAAGCCCCAGGGCUUAUUUUCGGAAUUUUACGGUAUUUCUCUGUUUCUGAUAAGGAAAGAAUAUUCAAAACAUAUGUUUUAGCAAUAUCAAAGGAAAGUUUGUUUGCGCCAAGUCAUAAGCUAAUGUAACUGAGUUACUGAUUGGGAAUUUUCUUUAGACGCUCUAAAUCGCUAUAGGAAUAAAACAAAUUAAAAUCAUCUGUUGAUGAACAAAAAAUCAAAAAUAAAUGCUGAAAAAAAUAUUGUUGAAAAAUAUUUAAUAAUUUAUAUAAAUGAUGAAUAGUAAGGGCAAGUAUACAGCCUGGCGGUUCUCAACAUUUUAUUUGCAGUAGGUCUGAAUCUGAAUGGUUUGUAGAAAUAAAAUUGCUGUCUGUUAAGCAAGUACGAGAUGAACCAGUCAUUUGGUAAGCCAGUUAAUUGUGCCUCAGAUCAGAGAAACAAGGCAUGCGCAGAACAACCGGAACCGCAGGAGAUUUGAUGCCCCGCUGACCAAAAAGUCCGAAGACCUUGGGUACGAGAAAAGAAAACUCAUCCGAGUUUUCUGUGCUGCGGUGUUGAUGACUGAUUCCUUAAGAAUCGAUUUCUCCCUCUUAUACCGCAAAAGGUUGAGAAUUUGGUAACCUUUCAUCGUUAAAGAAGAUCCUUUAUAGCGACUUCUGUAACCAGCCAGUCUUUAUUUCAUUCUUCUGGGUGAGUUUUAAGUAAAAUAUUCUUUGAGUAUUGCGCAAAAUGUGAAAGCAUGGCCAUAAAAUAAUGCAAUUAACAUAUUUUGUUGAUGUUUGAACGCUAGUCUAGCGAUUGCUCCGCUUUUCGUAUAUUCUGUGUGCAUUUUACAGGUGUUUCCCAUAAACGUUCAAGUACUUUUAGGAUUUAGGGACUUGACUUAAACUUUUGAAAACCAAAGAUCUCUUCAGACGCCUUAUUUGGAAUUCAUAGACAGGAAAUUUCGGAACAGGUGACGGAAGACGCAAAUUGUAUUUAGACAGUACAUAUAUUAUUCAAAAACUGACGAUUUUCAUACUGUAAAAGGUUCACAAAGUAAAAUCAGGGCCUAGAAAGGUCUUUUUCUUUCUCAAGCACCGUCAGUUUAAAUUUUCAAGUCACGAUAGAUUCUGGAAACGAAUCACGACCAUUACUAGCUAUUUCUUGCUUUCACUUCCUCGAGUGAAUGACAUUGCUGGCUCGCAAGGCAAGGGGAUCUCUCUCAUUGGUAUAAGCAUUUUGUGACUUUUUUUCUCUCACUUUCCUUUUUAUUUUUGCUGUUCUUUGGCCUCGCUUCCUCCGGUUCUCGCUUUCCUUAAUUCCUUCAAGGAUUAUGAAAAUCUUUUGUCUUCCUCACUUCCGCUCUAGCUUGCUUUCGCUUUGCGGCCCUUCUGCACAUGCAUAACUCAAGAAAGUUUACUGGAGAAGUAGGGUAAAGAUCUACAAAAUAACAUGCAGUGACACAGUCAACCUUAAAGUAAAGGAAAAACCAAUUAGAUUUCAAAGUAACUUCAGGGCUGUUCGCCAGUAGAGCCUGGUGGCUCUAUGAACAGCAAAAUUAUACUAAAGGUCCAUAUAGGCUGGUUAAUAUUUUCAAUGACAAUAUAAAGCCGAAAAUGUCAAAUUCAUGAUAUCAUAAUAAAUUUGUAAGUUGAUAUUAAAAAAAAAAAACAGUUUAGCUGUUUUCUGCCUCAUAACAAUCAAGAGUGGGGCACUAGUAUAGGACUAGGCUGUUAAUGACAGCGCGGGAAUGACAUCUGAGUGACUAAUUUGUAAUGUUUGACUUAGUGCGGUUUUAUUUCACCUCUUCCACUUCCAAUGGGACAUUCAGGGGAAUACUUAUGUGUAUGAAACUCUCUCAAGAACAGUCGGCUUAUUUUCUUUAUCCUUGAAUUUAUUUUCUGUCUUUAUUCACUGUUUGCAUUGGCCGUUUCUACAACAAAGUAACCAACAUGUUGUGUUUCUCUGUUUAUAUAUGCUUGUACGUAUAUUAACACUAUGCACGUAUGAUACAAUCUCCAAAAGGCUUCAAGACUGUAGUAAGGUGUCACUAAUACAAAGUAUGAACGUCGGGAUUAGACCAAUCUCCAAAAUCGAGAUUGAUCAUAGUAGUAAAAUGAUUUCAUCGUGUAUUCAUUCAAGUGACAGAAAAUAAAGUAAAGCUGCUCACAUUCUACCAUACAUUCAGAAAUCUAAUCUAACAGGGAUUGAAACUUGUCAGAAAGGUAUAUUGUAGCAAAGCACCAGUCUAAAAGACAUGUUCCAUGUAAACUGAGUAUACCACACCACAACGCAUGGCAAAAAACCUACAUUUAAUACAAAAAGACAAUGUUUAUGCCACCCACCUAUCACUGGCAGCACCAUGACACAAGCUAUAAAUGAGAAACAUAUAAUUAUGGGCACAUUGCUUCUAGACAACGUGUCUAUGCAUGUUGGAGUGACUACAUCCCUUCAUUACAACCUCAGAAAUAUUCAUUUCUUCGCGUUGUCCUUCCCCCUUUCGAACAGAUAAAAAUUUUCACCUUGAUAUACACAAACAACACAUUUUGAACAUUCAUUGACCAGCUUGAAGCUAUCCAGAAGAGGGCCCUGCGAAUCGUAUACCCUGACCUCCACUAUCAACAGGCUCUUGCAAAAGCCAACAUUACCAGUUUAGAGGAUAGACACGCCCACCUGUGUCUUAAGUGUGGGACAAUAUCAAAAAUAACCCGGAUGGCCAGCUGCACCGCCUUCUCCUUCCCGUGCGAUCCGAUGCCACUCUUACCAUCUUAGGAACAGUAGCAGUUCUAGCCGCUUCCAGUAUAGAACAAAACGCUUCGAUUCUAGUUUUUUCCCAGCAAUGACGAAAAUUAACUAAUCUUACGAGUCUAGUUAUCUCUAGUAUUGUCCUUCAUCUAUUUCUGAAUUGUAAAUAACUUAUAAAUAGCCUGUAAUCCCAGUCCCUCUGAAACAAAUGUAAUUUUAUUUUUAGUUGUAACUUAUGUAAGCACAUUGUAAUUCGUAGUUUUUAUGCCACCAUGUGUAUUUUAAUAAACCAUUAUUAUUAUUAUUAUUAUUAUUAUUAUUAUUAUUAUUAUUAUUAUUAUUAUUAUUAUUAUUAUUAUUAUUAUAAAAGUAGCCACACUAACACUGCCUUGUACUGAAUUGAAGGUCAAAAGUCCCCUUUGGCUUCAAAAGGGUAACAUGAAAAACAUAUCCCAAAGGAAGCAGUGUACUAUAAGUAAUAACAAUAACUAAAGAAGUACAACUAUCCAUAUACCCUCUUAGCUACUCUCUUUACUCUAUUGAAUUUAUUUAGGUAUAUUUUAAAAAAUUGACACUUUUUUCAUUGGGUUCAUUUUAAACUUCUUACAUAUCAUUUUUGUGGUUUUCCUUGAUUUUAGGAUAUUUUUUGUUAUCCAUUUAUUUAAUCUUCGGCCGUUUUUACUUCUCUUGUUACUGGGUCUUAUUUAUGGUACAUUUUUAUUCAGCAGCUGAUAUAAUUUAGUGUAAAAGUGAUCAUAAGCAUUUUGGACAUCCGUUUUAUCGUACACAUCUAUCCAAUCUUCACGUUCCAAGUCUUGAUCCACAUGACUGAUUUAUCGUUUUAUCAUCAAUUAACCCCCCAAAAAAUGCACUUUAUUUGAGUGUCAAUGUAUUUAGCACGAAAGUACUAAUUGGGGACACUAUAUUUUACGUCUCCAACUGGAGAUGGGACCGCCAUUUUACGUGGUCAUCCGAGCCACGCGAAGGUCUAGCCUGUUGCAGUGCAAAGGGAGUACCUUCAUUUCUCGGUUAUUUUAAGACCCUGAGUAUUGGUCCGGCCCCGGGAAUCGAAAGCACGACCUCCCGCUCUGCAGUCAACAUGCUCUACCGACUGAGCUAACACUGCCGCGGUUUAAAAUUUAAAUUUGUUUUGAUUAUCGUUUGGAAGUUUGAGCUUUUGCAAGUUACCCAGUGUUACAAACACCGGUAAGUAAUCUGAAAGAUCUGUAAAAAGGAUACCACACAUUUAUAGUUCUCUUCUAUUUUGUUUACAAAUAUAUUAUUAAUCAGGACUGCAUCAGUUGCUCUUUUGAUUAAAGGGUAAAACUUCAAAUUUGUAUAGUCUUUAACGUGAUGAUUUUUUUCGAGUGUCAGUAAAUCAAGAUUCAAAUCUUCCAUCAAAAAGCAUAUUUUUGUUUUUGCAUAUCCCAUUUUUGUAAUAGUUCAGCAAGGCAUUCCUUAAGCCGUUAUUUCAACGACUUGUGAUUCUAUCCUGACAUCAUUGCAAUUAAUUUUAUGGUGAGAUCGUCUCGUUCUCUAAACUGGAAGGAAUUUUUUUACAUACAAAUACCACCUCCUAGUUUGUGCGUCCUAGUGUCACCUGUGUUAUCACGGAUAAUUAGCUAAUAGAAAAUUAUGUACAUUAUCACAAUUUAGCCAAGUUUCUGAUAACCCUCUGUAGCCAAAUAUUCAUGUUUCAAGGAAUCUAAACAUGCUUUUAAGUCAUCAAACUUAUUCAUUAUUCUUCUACUAUAUUUAAGUACAAGAUUGAGAAAUCUGUAUUUCUAGAAUCACUUAUCAAUUGCUUAGAAGUAUCCUUUCCAUGAUAACAACAAGCAUCAACAUAAUUUAAAUAUAAGUGUGUUGUAGUAAUUAUAAUCAGGAACUAGAAGGUCAGAAAUUAGCGUUAAAUAAGAAUUAUUACGAUUACUUGAUGCAAAAGGGUUAAUGAUAGCGUGUCCCGACGCGAUUAUCAUCUAGUUCUACUUGUAUAAGUCAGAAUAUUUUGACACUGAAAUAAUUACAGAGUUCGUGAUUACUCAGUUGCGAAAAUGACAAUGAAUUAUUUAAUAUGGAGCUGCUUAUUUAGGCAUUUAUACAAUUUAGAUGGCAACUCUAACUCUCCUCAUUGUUUUUUAUUCAAUGUUUCCUAGCUCGUCAAUCUAGGGUAACAAGAACAUCUCUAAUCGACCGCUUUCCCGGAGCACUUCGCACUUCACCCUUACUGUUCGCCUGUUGUAGCCAUUCUGCCGCCUGUAAGCUCUGAGGGAGAGGGUAGCCCCAUAAUUUGGCCUAUUAAGUACAAAACAAGUAACAAUAAAAAGAUAACCUGUGAUAAUGAUUUUUGGAUUAUGAUUGACAUUUCAAGGAGACCAAAAUGACUGAUAUAGAAACCAUAUCUAUCUGUGACGUUGAUUAUACAAAUCGCCCAAGCGAACACGAAGUUGUUGAAGUGGAAGAAUCAGAAGAAUAUCUGGGGUAAUCCAGCGUCUUGGGCUCCCGUCAGCGAAUAAAAUUUUGGCGGGAUUUCGACAGUGCUUCGCGGGCUUUUUGGAGAGUGAUUUGUCACUGAAGGCACAUCGACACUUACAUCGUCCUAAGCCAGAGAAAAAAGGCUUGAAUCCUUCGCCGUUUGAUCAAAAAGGUCGUCCAUUUAAUCAGAUGAUCUGUCUUGCUGUUCCUCGAGGGGAUGUUAAGUAGAGCCCGAGCUCUCGCAUUCGUUUAUACCGGCGACUAUAAAAUGUGCAUUGUUGACGGCCUUUCUCAAACGUUCAAAUAGAGAAGAUUUAAAAAUUUCUUUGGUCAGGGUCUUUUCCACGCAGAGUUCCUGCCAAACUGGAGAAAGAUGUGCUAGCAGAGAGUGUAUUCCUCCUUGUGGCUCCUCAGUAAAAACUUGAUACGCCGACUCGCCGUUUUCGCUUCGAAGGUCACCAACGUUGACGGGGCAUACUACUCUUGAAAGAAGUUAAAUAAGCCAUCGGAGCACUAUUUUCUUAAAAGAAAGCACUUGAAAAACCAUUGAAAGCGUAUCCAGCCUAUUUGAAUCCAAAUGCGGCGAGAAAACUGUAGUUAUCAAUUGCGAACCAGCCGCGAAGAUCGACUUCCAAAUUUUCAAUCGACCGUGAAAUGAAUUUAUAAUACCCAAAUAGUCUGAUCAAAUUUCGCGUUUCCUUGAGAUGUCUGGUUCGUUUAACCAGAAGUACAAAGUUCCUUGAUGUCCGGCGCUCUCUAAAAGGUGUCUGGAGGAAUGCUUUUAACUAAUUACGAAAGUAACGCUUGUCUGUUAUUGGAAACCGAUCUGCGGUGGUUGCUGUGGAGAUUAGGCCUCCUCGGGCGCGCACUAAAAUCGGGGCUCUGGCCUGUUAUGUUAGCCUCCCACGCAGGCGUUUUUAGGGGAGCUCGUAUUUCUUCCCUCCCCACAAACGCCUGCUCAACAGAGGACAACAUUUGUGGGGAGGGAAGAAAUACGAGCUCCCCUAAAAACGCGUGCGUGGGAGGCUACUGUUAUGUGUAAUACUCGACAAAAACGGACAAGUUGCAAGAAAUUUCCUUAAUAUAACAGGGCUUUGCUUUAUGCUGGUUACAUCAUCAUUUUGUUUUGAUAUUCUCAGCGAUAAGCCAUUACCGAAGUUUAGCUUUUAAUUUCCUAACUUUCAUCAAUUGGCCGCCAAACUGACUUUAAACUACUGACAGCAUGUCUGAGAAAGCAAACAUUUUUGUCUUAAUUCGUAUGAAAUUUCUCCAUCAGGUAACGGUUUUUUCUAUUUCAUUUGCUGAUAAACUCUAGCAUCAACUCAUCUAAUUUGUAUUAGAGUGGCUACAGUCAGGGGUGUUUUAACAAGUUGACAUUGACAUCAGUUAACGACAAUUAUACCCUUACAAAUACCCAGGCAUUCACGGUCUGAUGCCAUUAAAGGAUUGUAAAAUUGAUAAAGAGUGAGAGUUAGUAUUGAUUCAAAAAGGUGAAUGCUAAAACUUUCCGGCUGGAAGCUAUCGUGAGGCACCUUGUUACGCAAACAGUUAUGCUCUAUCUCAAACUUUUAGUAUUAAUGUUAUAAAGCUCCGUCUGACUUAUAGAAAAUGAAUUCACCCUAGUAGUAUGAUAUCUACUAACGUAUUCUUGGAACACUUGCAGAAUGGAUUACAUUGACACAACAGACAAACUUCUGAAGUCUUUGAAUGGCUUGCUGUCCGCAUUAACUCGGCAGAUAAACGGUGGAGAAGACACGUUCCUCCACCAAGCUUCUCAAUUUGUACAAUUCGCCAUCACUACAUUGGAAAAACAGGACCCCACGUUAAAGAAACAGAUAAAUAAGGGAAUAGACUUUAUCGUUUCUUCGAUUGCUUCAUUGGUUACAAAAGUUGUAUCUUCGGGGGCAAUUUAUAAUGCCACUGUCUUUGUCAGUCAGGAGAUCGGUGAAUUUUUUAACGAUGGUUCUAUACCUAAAAUCAUGCGCAACAAAUAUGAUGAGCUUGUACGCCGUCUCGCCACUGCGCUGGAGAGGAAGACAAACAUCGAGGAUUUGUGUAGCAAGCUACUGGGUGAGGUAAGAACUACCUGUAAAUAAAAAGGAACCUGUCCUAGUGGUGAAUCUUGAAUAGGAGCUUCCCAACAUGCACCCCACUCUGCUUUCACACACUAGUGACACUAGGGCACCAAUGAUAUGGCCAAAAUUAAAUUGAAGGUCUCACCCGCGCAGGAUCUACCUUCAAGUUAUUUAUAUGGCAGUUUCACACGUCUGGGUGCCCAGUAUUAGUAAAAAAAAAAUCACCAACCCCCGCGCCGUGAAGCAUUUUUUAUGAAAAAAAAAUAUUAAUUGAAAUAUUAAGAAUUUUAUAUCAUAGUCGUAAGCUGGCUCUUGUAAAAUAUUAAAAUGUUAAGAUAAAUAAAAAUGUUUCCGUUAAUUUGUCCUUAAAUUUUGUCCACCAUUCUACAUAGCUUAAGAUCAAUGGCAACAACAUACUAAAAGUUUAAAUUCAAUAAAAAUUUCAAUAUACAGUGAUAAUUUUUUUCCUAAAAAAACGCUUUCGCAAUAAUCAUCUUUGUUUAAGCAAGAAUUUUGAAAAUAGCGCAAUGCUUAGUGUACUCUAUUUAACAGAUCUCUGCAUUCUUUGUAAGAUGCUGGCUCUCUUUUCUCCAACAAGUUCCUUUACUGUUUGACUCACUGACUGACUGAAUAUCCAUCCCAGAACAUCAAGAACGAUGUUGUACCAUAUCAAACUUUGCCUAUUGUUCAGGUUGCAUUUUUGGAAGACAAUCAGAUGGUGCUUUCGUUUCUUUUGUACAUGUUUCACUUGGUAGCCAGGAUUUCUCUCCCUCAAUUGCCACAUUAG